CGGAAGCUGACGCCAGACCCCAGCUGUUCCAUCGGCGGAAUAAAGAUGGCUGACCAAGGCGCCGCAGAUCCUGGGAAUAACAAUAAUAAUACACCUGAAGCAUCGGAAGGAACUAUUAUUAAGGUUACAGUAAAAACCCCUAAAGACAAAGAAGAAAUCGCCAUCGCAGAGGAUGCGUCUGUCACUCAGUUUAAAGAAGAGAUCUCGAGGCGGUUCAAAGCCAAACAGGACCAGUUGGUUUUGAUUUUUGCGGGGAAGAUCUUGAAGGAUGGCGACAGCCUCAGCCAACACGGCAUCAAGGAUGGUCUGACAGUUCACCUGGUCAUAAAGACAGCACAUAAGGCAGGAGAUGGCGGUAGCACCUCAGCCUCAAGCUCAACCACCACUCAAGCAGGCAAUACCUCCACCUCUAGUCCAGGUACAACCCCCUCCUCCACAGCAGGCUCUACUGGCACUGCUGUACCACCUACACAGACGCCCAACCUACUGACUGGCUUUGGUGACCUGGCUGGUCUGUCUGGACUGGGAAUGGGCUCAUCUAACUUCAUGGAGCUCCAGCAGCAGAUGCAGAGGCAGCUCAUGUCCAACCCAGAGAUGCUGUCUCAGAUCAUGGAGAACCCGUUGGUGCAGAACAUGAUGUCCAACCCAGACCUGAUGAGACAGAUGAUCAUGGCGAACCCUCAGAUGCAACAGCUAAUGGAACGCAACCCUGAGAUCUCCCACAUGCUCAACAACCCUGAGCUUAUGAGACAGACCAUGGAGCUAGCGAGGAACCCGGCCAUGAUGCAGGAAAUGAUGCGAAACCAGGAUCGGGCCCUGAGCAACUUGGAGAGCAUACCAGGAGGUUACAAUGCCUUGCGGAGGAUGUACACAGACAUCCAGGAACCCAUGUUCAGCGCUGCCAGGGAACAGUUUGGUAGCAACCCAUUCUCAGCUCUAGGUGGGAACUCAGAGUCUGGCGCCCAGCCAUCACGGACGGAGAACCGUGAGCCCCUGCCCAAUCCAUGGGGGCAACCAAAUUCUUCUAACCCCUCUGAGAGUGGCGGGGCCUCCACAGGAAGCACGAGCACCACUGGAGGAACCAACCCCAGUGUGUCCAAUCCUCUGGGCAUCAAUCCUGGCAGUCUGGGCAAUGGGAUGUUUAACAGCCCAGGCAUGCAGAGUCUACUGCAACAGAUCUCGGAAAACCCUCAGCUGAUGCAAAACAUGCUCUCCGCUCCAUACAUGCGCAGUAUGAUGCAGUCACUGUCUCAAAACCCAGAGUUAGCCUCCCAGGUUUUGAUGAAUAACCCCUUGUUUGCUGGAAACCCACAGCUGCAGGACCAGUUCAGAUCUCAGUUGCCCAUUUUUCUGCAACAGAUGCAGAACCCAGAGGCCCUGUCAGUGAUGACUAACCCCCGCGCCAUGCAAGCUCUAAUGCAGAUCCAACAGGGUCUGCAGACACUGCAGACAGAAGCACCAGGCCUCAUGCCCAGUUUGAUGACAGGCGGAGUUCCAGGCGGUGUUCCUGGUGUAAUUCCUGGUGGAGUUCCUGGUGUAAUCCCUGGUUUAAUUCCUGGUUUAGUACCCGGUGGAUCUCCUGGAGGAGCUCCAAGUGGAGUUCCUGGUGGAAUUCCGGGCAUACCAACAGGUGGGGGCUUGCCAGCAGAGAACCCGGCUUCCUCACCCAGUAGUGCAGGAACAAACGCCGCCCAGCAGCAGCUAAUGCAACAGAUGCUCCAGAUGUUUGCCGGAGGAGUUGGAGGAGGAAGUGCAACGACCCAGACCCCAGAAGUGCGGUUCCAGUCCCAGUUGGAUCAGCUGAGCGCCAUGGGCUUCAUCAACCGCGAGGCCAACCUUCAGGCCCUUAUUGCUACUGGAGGAGACAUCAACGCCGCUAUCGAGAGACUGCUGGGUUCACAGCCCUCGUAAAGACAUGCAGUACAUACUGACACACAGACACGUGCAUACAUACAUACCUAACUCAUAAACACACCCAGCAUCAACAGAGAACCAAGAGAAAUUUAAGUGUAUUGUCCCAAACUUUACAGAAGACACUUGGCAGCAUCUGUUAGACUCUCAUUGUACAUCUGUUCUCAGAUCAUUCCCUAGUAUCCACACUUUUUGGCGUCAUUGAACCAGAUCUGUGUCCCAGAGUACUGCUGUAGAGCCGGACUCUGAACAUCUCUCAUCUUGAGGGGGUGUUCUGGUGCAGAGAAAGGAGCGAAAACAUCUCCUGAAAAGGGACUCCCAACCAUUUCUUUAUUCCCUGUUUUCUUUGCAUAAAACUGGAGUCGAGUGUUGCAGGCAUUUACAUUAUACAGAUUAAACCCAUGUGAUGUGAUUGGCUGUGGCUCGGAUUUACACAUGGCCAUUGUUAGGCAGAUUGUUAGCGUUUAUCUAGCAAUUCCAUACAUGAAGAGUUUCUGGUAUACUGACAGGAAAACGACUUGUCCAUACAGACGCUCAACCCCAGUCCGCCCUGAAACCCCAUUCUCAAGAUUCUACAUAAAUAGCUGUUUUUGUCCAACAACUCUCACUAUUUAUUGCAAGCGCUUGACAAAAUGACGCCCUCCAAACUUACCUUAACUUGUAAUUUGUCAUUCCAGAUAAAAGUGCCCACUCACAGGUGCACAGUGUCUUUUCCUUCUGAGGCACCACGGCUGUGCCUUCUGUCCUUCCCUUCCCUGCCCUGUAAGAGCUUUGUCGGCAACGACACCCCACACACAGUGGUUGAUUAGAAAACCCCCUCUAAAUUCCACAUGGCGUAAUGCACGAUGGUAACCAUAAUCAAAUAUCACAUUGCAGCCUCUCGUAGCAGAGGACGCUGUAAGAAUGAAUACGAUUGAAACAAAUAAGCUUUCCUUACAUUUUAAUCUGAUUCUUCUUUGUUCAUUAUAUUUUUCUUCUUUUGAGGUGCAGUUAGUACCUAGAGAUGAUUAGGAUUUGUCUCGCAUAAAAGAAACAUUGAAAUCAAGUGAGUAAAAUAAUAAAUGAAUAAAUAACGGAAAGGCUGUACAAACAAUUACAGUAUGGUGGCACUAUACAAUUUCUAAAAUUCAAGUUGUAGGUUGUCUUUUUCUUUUCUUCUUUUUUUUUGGAAAAUCUCAGCAUUGUAGUUGUGGUUACCUUGACAACUGCUGCUAUAGCUUUGCUUUGUCUGUUGACCUCAGCUGGAAAAAAAAUCCAUCUCACAAUUGAACAUGUUGAAACUAACUUUUAACAGUACUGUACUAAAGAAGAAUAAAACAUGGUCAAAAACA